UUCCCUCCCGCCUCUCCACCCGCCCCACUUCUCAUUCACUUGGCUCGCACGGCGCAGACAGCGCAGCGAGCACACACCGCCAGUCUGUGUGCAGAGCGGGAGCCAGAAGCCGUGGGGGACACCCGGUCAUGCACGCCCCCAACUGAAGCGACACCUCAAAGCCGCAGCUCCUGGCAGCCCAGCGCAUUGCAAGAAGCUCAGGCUAGCUCAUAGGAACAUACCCCUUGAGACCCUCGGAUCCUCCCUUCCAGGGCAGUCCUCUCUCAGACUCUCUGCUAAGUGCAGACAGGAGCGCACAGUGGCCCCUGCUCGCCGCAUCAUGGAGCGGAUCCCCAGCGCGCAACCACCUCCUACCUGCCUGCCCAAAACGCCAGGGCUGGAGCACGGAGACCUGUCAGGGAUGGAUUUUGCCCACAUGUACCAAGUGUACAAGUCCAGGCGGGGAAUAAAACGGAGCGAGGACAGCAAGGAAACUUACAAAUUGCCGCACCGGUUGAUUGAGAAAAAGAGACGUGACCGGAUUAACGAGUGCAUUGCCCAGCUGAAGGAUCUCCUACCCGAACAUCUCAAACUUACUACUUUGGGUCACUUGGAGAAAGCAGUGGUUCUCGAGCUGACGCUGAAGCACGUGAAAGCAUUGACAAACCUAAUUGAUCAGCAGCAGCAGAAAAUCAUGGCCCUGCAGAGCGGUUUACAAGCUGGUGAUCUGUCGGGAAGAAAUAUUGAGGCAGGACAAGAAAUGUUCUGCUCCGGUUUCCAGACCUGUGCCCGGGAGGUACUUCAGUACCUGGCCAAGCAUGAAAACACUAGGGACCUGAAGUCUUCCCAGCUUGUCACUCAUCUCCACCGUGUGGUCUCUGAACUCCUGCAGGGUAGUGCUUCCAGGAAACCAUUGGACUCAGCUCCCAAACCCGUGGACUUCAAAGAGAAGCCCAGCUUCCUAGCCAAGGGAUCAGAAGGCCCUGGGAAAAACUGUGUGCCAGUCAUCCAGAGGACUUUUGCUCCCUCGGGCGGGGAGCAGAGUGGUAGUGACACGGACACAGACAGUGGCUACGGAGGCGAAUUGGAGAAGGGUGACUUGCGCAGUGAGCAACCCUACUUCAAGAGCGAUCACGGACGCAGGUUCACCGUGGGAGAACGCGUCAGCACAAUUAAGCAAGAAUCUGAAGAGCCCCCCACCAAAAAGAGCCGAAUGCAGCUCUCAGAUGAGGAAGGCCACUUCGUGGGCAGUGACCUGAUGGGUUCCCCAUUUCUUGGGCCUCACCCACAUCAGCCUCCCUUUUGCCUGCCCUUCUAUCUCAUCCCACCAUCGGCCACUGCCUAUCUGCCUAUGCUGGAGAAAUGCUGGUAUCCGACCUCUGUGCCACUGUUAUACCCAGGCCUCAACACCUCAGCAGCAGCCCUCUCCAGCUUCAUGAACCCAGACAAGAUCCCAACUCCCUUGCUCCUGCCCCAGAGACUCCCUUCUCCCUUGGCACAUUCGUCCCUUGACUCUUCAGCCUUGCUCCAGGCCCUGAAGCAGAUCCCUCCUUUAAACUUAGAAACCAAAGACUAAACUCUUGAGGGCGAAUCUCCUGCUGCUUUGCUUUUCCUUUCCCCACUAAUUCCAAGACCACAAAAGGUUUCUGUGAGUGCAGAGAGAUCGGCCCACCAUGCAGACCCACAGAGAAGAUUCAGAAUGUGUGUGAGAGUGAGUGUGUGAGUGCGCGUGCGUGUGCUUGUAUGUGUGUUUAUAGAUGUAGGACAUUAAGUUCCUUCUGACACAGGGAAGAUGUGAGAAGGAUGGCCUGACAUCAGAUGACAAGAGGUCUAUAGCACAUCUCUGGGCUUUUCCCUACCCAGAGAAGAGCCCCCUUUGAUACAAAUCAGUUGGAUUUUCAUAUGCUUCAAAGGCUUGAUCUGUGAGUCACUCCAGUUUGGGACAUAGGUCUGUCUGUGGCUUUGAGAAAAGGUACUUUCAAAAGAGGGCUUUCCAGAGCACAGCUCACAGCCAGCUGUUAGGACCCCACCCUUCUCCUUUAUUGUGGAGGUGACUCACAGCAGACUGACAGUGGUCAGACUGAGCUUUCUGCUAAGGUGGUGAGGUAGCCAACACUGGCAUGUCUCGGUAGUGGUUUGGGCAAAUUUCCGCAGGUCUCUUCCCCCAACCCUGCCUCUGAUGAAUAAAGACAAUGAGUACAGUUCCUUAAUUCAGGCUUUUGUGACUAGCUUACUACGGAACCGAAAAUGGUCCCCUUUGUACAAGCCGAGCUGUUAUGGAAUCACGGUGAACCAGACCCAGGUCUGUGGCACCUGUUUUUUUUUUUUUUUUUUUUUUAGCUCUCAUUUCUACGGCAUGCUUUCCAAGGAACCAAAGGAGGGUCUCAGAGAUGCCCC